CCGCUAGCUCUUUCGGGUAACCCGAAUACCAGAGUUUUGAUUUACUUUCCCCAUUUUCUUGCUAGACAAGAAGAAAAAAGCUCAGUUGCAGGGAUAUAGAUGUGAAAUUGAGUUUAUAAUAAAAUUCAAAUAAAUUUAGGUCUGCUCAGCUCCCGCUCUUCUUCAUUGGAAUUAUUUAGAGGCUCUGGUUUUACGGGAUCGAAAAUGUUUCUCACAAGGACUGAGUAUGAUAGGGGAGUCAAUACUUUCUCCCCUGAAGGAAGGUUGUUUCAGGUUGAAUAUGCCAUUGAGGCGAUUAAGUUGGGUUCAACUGCAAUUGGUGUGAAGACUAAGGAGGGAGUUGUUCUUGCUGUCGAGAAGCGCAUUACGUCACCGCUGUUGGAGCCUAGCAGUGUGGAGAAGAUUAUGGAAAUUGAUGAACAUAUAGGAUGUGCCAUGAGUGGCUUGAUUGCUGAUGCCCGCACACUGGUUGAACAUGCACGAGUUGAAACUCAGAAUCACAGGUUCUCGUAUGGUGAGCCGAUGACAGUUGAAUCUACUACUCAAGCUCUCUGUGAUCUUGCAUUGCGAUUUGGUGAAGGGGAUGAAGAAUCAAUGUCGAGACCUUUUGGUGUAUCUCUUCUCAUUGCUGGUCAUGAUGAGAAUGGCCCAUGCUUGUACUACACAGACCCAUCCGGCACUUUCUGGCAAUGCAAUGCAAAAGCCAUCGGGUCAGGUUCGGAAGGCGCUGACAGCUCUUUGCAGGAGCAGUAUAACAAGGAGCUGACCCUCAAAGAAGCUGAAACCAUUGCUCUCUCCAUUCUGAAGCAAGUCAUGGAGGAGAAGGUUACGGCCAACAAUGUCGAUAUUGCUAAGGUGUCACCAAAAUACCAUCUCUACUCGCCUUCUGAAGUUGAAGAAGUUAUCAGUCGCCUAUGAGAAGGGAUCGCUCUGUUUCGGUUGCUAUCUUUCCAUUGUUGCCAUGCUUGAACACAUUUUGUAGUGCAGCUCUAUACUUUCCUUUCAACUUUUUUUUUUCACUUCAUUAUUCUUCUGACUUUUUAUUUUUCAUCUUACUUUCUCAACUUACAUUUCUAAACUUAAACUUUACCUUUUCUA